CGCUUUUCAACCAUCAUAAUUUCAAUUUUUACCAAACAGCAGUCCCUCAAAAUAUUAACGGUCCAAAUGCAUCCACGUAAAGUCGUAAACCAACUUUGUUUUUAUAUUACAAAAUUCCCAUAAAGCUGUAACGCUGUGACGGAGCAUAAGUCAAAAACACAGCACCUUUCUUCUUCUUCCUACUGCUGCCUUAGCACAUGGCUUCGCCCGCAAGCUCCGACGUCGUCCUCGACGUCCCUCCCUUUCUCCGAAUGUACAAAGACGGCCGCGUCGAACGCUUCAUGGGCACCGCCACCGUCCCUCCGUCGCCUCUCGAUCCCAAAACCAACGUCCAAUCCAAAGACGUCGUCGUUUCAUCCCAAAUUCCUUUAUCCGCCAGGCUCUACCUCCCCCAGAAUCCGAUUCCUCACAAACUCCCUCUCCUGAUUUACUUCCACGGCGGCGGUUUCUGCAUCGAAUCCGCCUCCUCCCCCAUCUACCAGAACCACCUCAACGCCCUCGCCGCCAAAUCCAACGCCGUCGUCCUCUCCGUCGACUACAGGUUGGCCCCGGAACACCCGCUACCCUGCGCCUACGACGACGCGUGGGCCUCUCUCCAGUGGGUCGCUUCUCACGCCAAUCGCGCCGGGCCGGAGCCGUGGCUCAACGAUUACGCUGAUUUUGGGCGCGUGUUCCUCGCCGGCGACAGCGCCGGAGCCAACAUUGCCCACCGGAUAGCCGUCCGGGUCGGGUGCGAGAAACUCGACGGAAUUAAGAUCCAUGGGAUUGUUUUGGCUCAUCCGUAUUUUCUGGGGACGGGGCCGCCGCGGGAGGAUGGGAGGGGAGCUGUAGCGGAAAAUCUGUGGCGGUUCGUUUGUCCGGGGACGAGCGGGAGCGAUGACCCGUGGAUAAAUCCGGCGAGGGAUGAGGAAGUGAAGAAGAUGGCGGGGGAGAAGGUGUUGGUGUGUGUGGCGGAGAAGGAUUUUCUGAGCGAGAUUGGCAGGCAGUACGCGGAGGUGGUGAGGAGGAGCGGGUGGGGAGGGCGGGUGGAGGUGUCGGAGGCGGAGGGAGAGGACCAUGUGUUUCAUCUGCUGAACCCCGAGUGCGAGAAGGCGGCGGUGAUGAUGAAUCUACUGGAUUCGUUCAUGAAUUAGGAGUGGAUUUGCAGUUCUUCUUCUUCUUCUUCUUCUUUUUUUUUUUGGGGAUUUGCAGUUCUUGAUCAAUGGAGAUCUGCAACUGUGUUUUCUGAAAUUUGUCACUGUGUGUUUGCUAAAUGGGGUCCCGCCAGGGGCCAAUUAUCAUAUCAACUAUCUUUAUGUUGAAUUGGAAUUCAAGACUUUUUCUUU